AUGAGUGACCAGUGUGACUCGAAGAGCAGUGAAAAGAGUGAAGAUGAACUUAAGAAAGCAAAAUCUGAUGGCGAAGAAUCUAAUGAGAAGCGAAAAUUAGUGACCGCUGCAAAGUUGAAAAUAGAAAAGCUGAAAAAUGUUGUGCCCUCGGCUAAACAGUCACUGAUCAAGAUCAAAAGCGUUAUCUCUUCUGCAAUACUGGAAGAUGCGAAACCAGCAGACGAAACGAAACCGGAACUGAUAUCGGAAAAUGAAACUGCCAGUACUCAUAGCGCAUUUAUUAAUAAGUGCAAAAAAGUGGCCAAAGUGUUUAAGAAGUGA